AUGGUUGAGAUAUUUGAUCCUAGUAAGGGCAGAUUCAUUGUACAAGACUUGGUUGGCGAAGUGUCUCUCGGUGCCGUGGAUGUUGAGUGCAUCUUGGCCUUGGAGAACCACGGACUGUCGGCAGAAGGUAUUCUCGGUGAGGAAGGUGAGGAUGUUAAAGAUCGAGUGCUGCCUCAAUUCCUGAGCAAGACCACAGGUAACAUAGUCAUCGAUGAUCUGAUUGUGGACAUCACAAAAAAUAAAUCUGCCGAUGACGAUUUCCUUCGGAGAGUUGUCCUCGUGUUGCUUGGAACAGUUCUUGCUCCCAUGUCGAGCAAGACUUACCUGUACUGGGAGAAGAUUCAGCCUCUGGAAGGUGAAUGCGCAUUCAAUCCUAGCUUGUCCAUGGAACCUCUAAUGAGGAAUUGGACUGAAGCUGCAGCCUCAAGGAGAGACAAGUUUGAUUAUGACCAAGGCCAUGGCCGUGGUAACAUCAAGAUUGAAGACAACAUAACCAAGGAGUAUAGGGCGCAGGAGCGCAAAGUACCCGAACCAGAAAAGCCAAAAAUGAAGCGCCCGCCGUUGAGAUUGUUAGAGAAGUUGAACCAAAAUGGUGUGAUGUACAAGCCAGCGGCUGCUGCGGCUUCCGGCAACAACGAUGCCGACCUAGAAGUGGAUUCCUUUGAGAAUGGUCCGCCAGAAAAAAAAAGAAUUCAUAAAACACCUGCCAAGUUAAAUGUUGACAAGACAACGAAGCCUACUGAUGAGUGCGGCGCAACACCGGAGAACCCUUGGAUUGUAGGUAAUUCUCCUCGAGCAGAAUCGUCCGACAUUGACAUUUCUGCAAGUUCUAUCGACAGGAUGGUGGGUAAGAACAAGGGGAAAAAGUCUCCAGCAACCGCAAAAGAAGACGAUGUUAUAUCCGGGAAGCGCCGACAGACUGUUCCCAAGAAAUUUGAAUCCCCCUUUAAACUUGACAAGCCCGGCAAGCGAAGCGCUCGCGCUCUGUUUAGUGACAAUGACAUGGAAGGCUCUGUUAAGGACGAUUUGACACCGGAACUCAUCGAUGCUGCUGUUGCGUUUGUGGAGGCAGCUGCUCGGUUUGAGAAGAAUAUGACAAAAAGAGUUUACUACAAUGAACGUGGCACCUCUGUGACUGUGGAGAGUAUACGACCGAUUAUCGAUGCUUAUCAGACACAUUUGGCUCUGCGCGUUGGUCAUGAUCGGCACCUCUGUCCAGCCUGGAGGUCCAAAUACCUUGUUGAUCGUGCUAAGGCACGAGACAACCCUAAACCGUCGAAAUACAACAUGGACAGUGCGCUGAGCAAGCUGGAGCAGUACGUAGGGUUCUGGACGAGUAUACCGUCCUCGUUUAUCCCGUUGAACGUCGGCAAUACACACUGGAUCACCGUGGUGAUGCACAACCGCAAAGAAUUCCGAGUUUUUGAUUCGCUCUAUCCUCUCGAGUUCUCUCUCGACACUGUGAAAGCACUGCGACUAGCAAUAGCAAUUGAUAUGGAAGAGGCAAACUGUAUUACACCUGGCAAAUAUCCAGACGUCACUAAGUGGCCUAUCAUACCUCAGAUCGACAUGCCACUACAAGAGGACGGGAACUCUUGUGGCCUUUUUGUGAUUGAAGUUAUGGAGCAUUGGGACGGGGAUCGAUGGACCGCCAAUUUUACCCAGGGCACGGUUAAUGCAAGGAGAAGGCGUCUCAUCGCCGAGUUGGUUCUCUCACCUACCAACACGCUCGAAUGUGUGAAGAACAAAAUCCGCGACAUCGCAAAGAAAAGCAAGGCGUGA